AUGGAAAAGGAUUGCAAAUUGGCCUAUGAUGAGGACAUCCAUUUGGGUAUCCCCACAGAAGAGGCGCAUAAACCGUACGGCCUUUUCCUCUACCACACAAAAGAGAGAAAAACAAACGAGAGGGGAAACUUCAACAUGAGGGAAGUAAAAAACGAAAGGAACUACACACUUUACAAAAUAUAUACCUUUUUAUUUCUCCUGUGUGAUGUAACUUUCUAUGUCCAGAAGACGGCGAUAUCCUUUCACACUAGUGUGGACCACUUUUUUGCCAAAAUUUUUAAGUUCAUUCGUCACUUCGGAAAUUGUUUCCGCCACGAGGAACCCAUGGCCGAGCUCCACUUCGUCUACGUGGACAAUGACACGAGGGACGUUAUAUACAAAUAUAACCACUGCGUCUGUUUAGUGAAAGGAAAUAAAAACAGAGGGAAAUGCAAGAACGGACAAAAAGGUGACAACAGACGAAUGGGCGCAGAGGAGAUCAAUCAAAAGGAACAGAAAAACGAAUAG